AUGUCAUCAAAUACUUUCGUAUCGAUCGCGUCGGAAACCAUUGCCUCGGAGCUGGACAUGGAGUUCAUACAUAACAUCGACAAUAAUGUGACAAACAGUGUAUGGAUGGACAGCCAGUCCAGCAAUUUAUGGCACUAUGUAUUUCACGAGUACUGGCACAACGAGGGGUGUCCGCAAGCGGAACACCUGCCCCUUAUGGGUGGCGGACCCCUACCCGUACUCGUCAUAAUGAGCGCAUACCUGCUAUUUGUCACUAGAAUUGGGCCGUGGAUUAUGGCCAAAAGGCCUGCACUGGAGCUGCGAACCCCGAUGCUAGUGUACAACACGACCAUGGUCAUUGUCAACGCCUACUUUUUUGCCAAAUUCAUCUCAUUCGCCGAUUACGGCCGAGUGUUCACCCGAUUUCAGUUCCCCUCGCCGUACGACCGCUCGCCGGCAUCGGUGGCCAUCAUCGCCACCACUAACCUAUACUUUUGGUCAAAGUUUGUGGAUCUGAUGGACACCGUGUUCUUCGUGCUGCGCAAACGUCAGCGCCAGGUGUCGGGCCUUCAUCUCUAUCACCACACAGUCGUCCCGCUGUUGGCGUGGAUGACAAUGAAGUUGAUGCCAACGGUUCCCGCGUUUCAGAUCUUUGGCCUAUUGAACUCGUUUGUCCACACAGUUAUGUACGCCUAUUACGCCCUCUCGGCCUUCGGGCCCGCCAUUCAGCCCUACCUCUGGUGGAAGCGCUACAUCACAAUGAUCCAGAUCAUUCAGUUUGUCGUGUUUAUUACCUAUUCGAUGGCCUUAACCGUCUACCAGACCGGUUACCCGACCAUUUGGCUCUGGGUUGGUAUCGUUCAGAGUCCUCUCUUUUUCUAUAUGUUUACCAACUUUUAUAUCAAGUCUUACCUGAAGAGCAAACUUAAGAGUAUUAAACAAAACGACAUCGUUUACCGCAACUGCCAUUCAUUCAACAUCCGGGCGCAGGAGUCGGCCCGGAAUAUCCAGGCGCUCAAGAAAGCCAUGAAACCAAAUAACAGCACAAAUAUAAUGAAUAUAUUCUGGCAUUUAUUGCGGGCUAUCAUU